AUGGAGAGCAGCCAGAGCCAGGAGGCGGAGGACGGCUCGUACCUGUGUUUUCAGAGAACUCCUUCUCUCAGACGCAAAUGGAGGAAACGUUACGGAGGUCUGGACGGAAACAAGCUGCUGGAGCCCAAUAAAGAGGCAGACAGUAAAGAUGAUGGAGGGAUGACAGACGAGAACCAGCAGAGGAACGUAGAGAACCAGAAUGCAGCUCCCCGCCCAGCACCCAGGAGCCUGAUCCAGAACCAGGUCCAGAGUCCGGUCCAGAGUCCGGUCCAGAGUCCGGUCCAGAAGCCCAUCAGCCUCGUCAGUCCUGGACCUGCAGUGGUCCCAGGGUCGGGGAGUAACGGCUGCCUGAAGCCUCCCCUCCCUCAGGCCGUGGUCCAGCCGGAGGACCGAGGUCCCCCCCCCUCCCAGCCCUGGUUCCCCCCCCAGCAGAAUCUGUCCAAACGCAGAGCAGCUGCUGACGUGCUGUUCGACAGCUUCGCCUCGGAGGGAAGGAUCAACGUCAACCAGUUCUUCGAGGCCAUCUGGAGCUCCGGCCUGCACCGGUCCGACCCUCGGCUCAGAGAGUGUUUCUUCCAUCUGAGGAAACUGCAGGACGUUGAGGGAUCAGUGGACAGAAACGCCUUCCACAGGUGCGUCACAGGAUUCGUCUCCCUCAUCCUGAAAGCUCUGCAGGGACGAUUCGUUAUUCCAGAUUUUUCUACCUUCACUGAAGAGACUCAGAAGUUGUUCUCCAGGUGUCGUCAGCUGUCGUCGGUGCAGGAGAAAGAGAAGGAGUGCGUGGACAGCAGCAAGUGGGGAGUCUCAAUCUGCACUGUGGAUGGACAGAGGUUGUCUCUGGGGGACUGGGCCGGCUCUCUGGUUCUGGGGGAGGUGUCAUGGCCGCUGGUGUACGGCGUGGCGGUGGACCUGCUGGGCUCAGACCUGGUCCACAGAUACGUGGGUGUGGAGGAGUUCUCCAGAUACGACUCUCCGUUCACACUCACUAAGACAGGAAUCCCUCACAGCCCGCUGACUGAGACAGGAGCCAUUGUUACUGUGUCUUUACUACAGCUGGCGGGGAGGCUGUGUGCAGAGGAAGAGGAGAAGUACGACUCGGUGCUGAACGUCGUGCGGAGACUCUGCAACAAAGAGCACGCCCACCUGAACUGCAGCAGCUAUCAGAGCAGCAGGACGUCCAGCGUCAGACUCCACGCCCUGUCCUUCUACCUGCAGGAGAAGAAGUGUUUCCCAGAGAAGACGGACAUCAACGCUGCUCUGGAUCUGAUGCUGCAGUGCUCCUCAACUGAGGUCACCUGUGAGUCAGGAGCCGUCAUGGCCGCCUCCUUAGCCAACGGGGGGCUCUGUCCGCUGUCAGGUGACCAGGUGUUGUCGCCGGCGACCGCGCGGAGCAUGCUGUCCAUGAUGCAGGUGGCGGGGAUGAAGGAUUACUCCACAGCUUUCCACUACAAGACGUCUGUGCCGGCGUCGUCCAGCAGCCACGGCUCCCUGCUGGCUGUGGUUCCUGGUGUUUUGGGUCUGAUGGCGUUUUCUCCAGAGUUGGACGCCUGUGGAAACCCCUGGAGGGCCGUCCACUUCUGCCAGGAGCUGAUCUCGACGUUUCAGCUGCACAGUUUCGACAUCAGGACGCCACUCAGGCAGAUUCUGGCCUACAGACAGUGGAAGACUGAGUCUGAGGGAUACCAGAUCAUGAACGUCCUGCUGGCGGCUUUUAAAGGAGACGUGCAGUCCCUGAGGAGGUACUUCCUGUCUGGAGUGGACGUUAAUGCUGUCGACUACGAUGGCCGGUCGGCUCUGCACGUGGCGGCCGCCGAAGGUCACACAGAGGUCAUCCGCUUCCUGCUGGAGAACGCUGGAGCAAACCCCGCCCUCAAGGACAGGUGGGGGAGCUCUGCUCUGCAGGAGGCCCGGAGGCACAACAGGGGCUCUGCAGUUCAGCUGCUGCAGGGAGCCACCGUCUGA